GGACGAUGUCGAUGCAAUAGCCGAAUACAACUGCAAGGUCCCCCGAAUGCUGUCGCUGUAAGAGCACUCAUGCAAAACAUGAGGCCUGGAAAUGGACACUCCACGUGCGGCGCCUGAGCAAAUGGGAUGGAGGUGGCUCAACCUUGCACGAUACAGCACUAGAGGCUUUCUCUCUUCACCGACUCUCGAUAUGCAGGGCUCUCGCUUGUGCUGAAUUCUCUGUGCGACGAGUCCCUCGCCUCAGAAGAGAGCGAAGAUGGCUCUACAGCUGUGGCAAGAUCGCCCACGUGAACCUUAUAUAGCAAAGGCGGCCGAUUUGGAACGCUCACCUUCGAGUCAACUUUCUGGUUGAGCCUCGCCAACUCGUCUCGGAUUUCGUCCAUACCAGGGCUGCCAAUCUACUCCGGGCUCCUCCUUCCUAUCAUCUGCUGGAAUGGCCUCCUAUCUUCGCAGCUGGCUGUACAGCCAGGCCCCGGAAUCGACAAACCUUCCUAAACCGAGCGAUGCACCAAGAAUCGUCGAAGACUCAGAGGUUCCAACCAUCACGACGGAGGAUGACGACGAUGACUCUUCGACAGUUCAUGGAGAUGACGAAGACGACGUCGCGCCGUCGUUCCCCGCGCUCAAUAGCGCACAGCGACUGGGCACUCAACAAUCUGGCAGCGUGCCCCGUAUCUUGAGCGACGCACAGCUGAUGCCCCCGCCUCCCAUGCCAUCGUUGGCUGUACGACGACCCGGGGUGCCGAGUGGUAGUUCACUCGCGGUCCCACCUUCCACGACGAAGCCUCCGCCGAAGCUAUCCACGAAGCGGGGUAAGGUCGCGUUAGCGCCAGGACACGGGCCGUUGGAUUGGGCGAAUCUGAAGAAGUCCGGGCAAGAUCUGAGGGGUGUUGAUACGCUGUUGCGGGUGACGCCUUCAAUGCUGAAGGAGCAUAGAACACGAGACGACGCGUGGUCUGCGUUUAAUGGCAAGGUGUAUAAUAUCACGUCGUAUCUGCCGUACCACCCCGGAGGCGAGAAGGAACUGAUGAGGGUGGCAGGCCGAGAUGGGAGCAAGCUAUUCGCCCUUACGCACGCAUGGGUCAAUCUCGACUACAUGUUGGACACUUGCCUCGUCGGCUUCUUGGUCCCGGAGUCAUAGUGGACUUUAUGCGGACGUUUUAGAGGUUCAGCGUCCAUGAAUGCGUCUUGCUAUCGAUUCACUGCCCUUAACGACGUUACCCGCAUUCUACCCACGUUACUACUGCACAAACUCCCAUAGGUCGGACAUUACCCAUACGUCGUCUCUGCAUAUCUAAUACAGGAAUAUUUAUCGGGACCACGAUCAAUCCCCUUCACUGUUCAAUUAUGCCGGUGUAGUUCUGUACCAAGGUCAAUGCAAUGUCCUGAGGAUCUCAA